CGAGAGGUUCGUUCACCUCUCACCUUCUUCGAUCCGCUCAUUUGAUCGACGGCAGCUCAGCACAGCUGGCUCGAGCUGGCAUGGAUUUCGGAUGCUGAAGCACAGGGCACGACAGAGCGAGCCUCGCGUCAGAGCUGUUGCUUAUUCCCUCGCUGCGCAAAAUUACGAGCGCUGAGAAGGACGACCAUGGGGCAGCACGACCGGCUGUUCGUGUCGGUUGGCUGUGUCGAGGUCCGGCAAGAUGAAGCGCUGGCCAGACUUGUGUCGCAGGACCUUGUUCGCCUGGUCAAGAGUUCAGCCAACGAUGGCUGUGCGAUGAUGGAACUGGCGAUCGGAGUGAGGCCGACCAGCGAGCUGCGCAAGGAUCUGCUGAAAUUUCUCGAUGAGGUCAGGGUCAGGGAAGAUUCGGGGAAAUGGAGGUACCUCGUGCGAGAUACAAUGGCUGGUCAUACGCUUCAGGGCAUUUAUCGAGCGCUGCCCUCGCCGCCCUCACAUGGCGUCGACGCACCGCCAGGCCUGGUAUCACAGCUCUUCACCUACCAAAUGCAUGCACUCGCCAGGAUGCUUCAACGAGAGCAGGCGCUUCAGCCUCUGCAAGACCCUUGGCCGGUUCAAUUGCUCUGUGGCGACGGCACCAGGCUGUACGUCGACCCACACACGCUCACCGUCAAGCUCGAAUCCGAUGUCGACCCCGUCACUGACAUUCGAGGGGGCAUCUUGAGCGAAGAGAUGGGCGUAGGAAAGACAAUUGAGUGCAUCUGUCUCUUCCUUCUCACCCGAGGCACUCUGCCGAACGUAUCCGACAACGAGGAGGGCAUGGCCAGCGCCGUGACGAGCCAGGUGGCUCUUAAAUGGCCACAUAAGGACUGCCAUGGCGACGAUCCGGCUCCGGAGAACGAUGGAGAACUGGAGGCUUUGCCUAACUACUCAAAGGAGAUCGAGACAAUGGAAAAGGUCAUGAGACAGUAUGUCAAGUCGCACAAGAAACCACCCACUGUGGUCUCACCCUCGCCGGAAGCUGCCAAGGUCGAGCUGCCGAAGCUCUCAGAUAUCUGCACGCACCGGGUCAGAGCCACUGGGCAGCCCUUCUCUGGCGAGCAAUUUGAGGAUCAGCCUGAGGUGCAAUUCCAGCUCCGACUUCUUCAGAAGAGGCUAAUCGACGCCACACCAUUCUUCCACCUCUGGCCUCCUCGCCCGACGAGAUCGUACCGCGUGGAGAUUCCCCGCAAGCCACUCCGCAUUUACCUCAGUCCUGCGACGCUGGUUCUUGUUCCUGGCACACUCCUCCUUCAGUGGGAGGAAGAGUUCCACAAACACAUGGAGCCGGGCUCGCUCCGAAUUCUCUCGCUGCCUCGUGUUUCUUCACCACUGCCGAGCGCCGUCGAUCUGGCCAAUCGAUACGACGUCAUCCUUCUCAGUCACGCGAGGUUUGGUCGUGAGAACGAGGAGGGUGUGCUAGAUUACAAGUGGCCAAUCGUGCCUCGGGCCUGCCAGUGCCCUUUCAUUGGUGCGACGCGGAUACGAGACUGUAGAUGUCCUCCGCCGCCCGAUCUGGGACCAGCGACGGGCACCAGCCCGCUGCUCCAGUGCAAGUUCAAGAGAAUCGUCGUCGACGAGGGCCACGUUGCCGCGGGAAACAGCGCCAUGGUGAGACUUGCUGCACGGAUACGAGCAGAAUGCCGCUGGAUCGUGAGCGGGACACCAACCGAAACGCUCGUGGGAUCGACAUUGUUCCGCCAAGGACAGGGCAAGGAGGAAAGCGAGCAGCGUCAGGGUGACGUGGAGAGACCGAAGCGACUAGACUGGCCUAUGCUCAGCGUCUCUAAGAGCGAAAAGAGGGAUCUCGACCGGCUGGACGCCCUCGUCUGCUCCUUUCUCGGACUGCCCCUGGACGGUCACGAAGGCCGCCGGGAUUGGUCCACGCACGUGUCUCAGCCCCUGCUCCGAUCCGGAUGGGGGGCGUCUACGAGGCUGCACCGAAUUUUGUCACAUGUCAUGGUCCGCAACCGAGCCGAAGAUGUAGAAAGAGACUAUCCACUGCCACCGCUCGAGGAAAAGGUCGAACACCUUCGUUUCACAGCCAUCGAGCGAAUGACCUUCAACAUCUUGCAGGCCCUCAUCCUGCUGAACGCCGUCUGGUCGCAGAGAGAAGACGACGACUACUUCUUCCACGCAAAGAACCGCAAGUACUUGGCGACGAUCAUGGAAAAUCUUUCGUUAUCCUGCUUCCACUUUAGUGGACCAGACAUGGCGCAGCAGGCGUGGGAUGCCUUGGCCCAUGCGAGGAAGAUGCUCAGCAAGACCGGGCGGUGGAAGCAAGCCGAUAGAAGUGCCGCAAAUCUGGCAAUCAGACAUCUCAGAAAGGCGACGGGGAGCAAAGAAUGGCUCUAUCGCUCCAAUGACGUGACGUUCGAGACGGUCAAUCUUCCAGAAAACGUGGCCAAGGCCUGGUUCCGGGGGAACUGGGUUCCAAAGACUCAAAAACCGAUGAUGAGCGCCGAAGAGCUCAUGGCCAUGCAGAGAGCUGCAGUCACCGUUACACAAGAGGCCAGACAGAAGGUGCAGCAGACGACCGUCGAAGUUGGGCUGGACAACAAAGAAGGUGUUGAGCCUGAUGGUCACGACUUAGAUGACGAGGAGCUCGUCGAGGAGCUCAUCACCCGUGGCGUCCGAGACAGGCGCGAAUAUUGGAACCGGAUGGACAGGGAAAACAAGAAGAGAGACUCAUCAGCCAAUGGGACGACGAUGACGUCACUGCCAGCCAACGAGGCUGCGAAGAAGGCUUCGUCAUCGACGUCAACUGGCCGCAGAGCUGCCCAUUCUUCUUCCAGAGCAACAAGCAAGAAGCGUAACGCCGAGAAGGACCUUCUGACCAGCAUGAUGGAGAGCGGCUCAACACAGACCCUUCUGCCUCGUGACUCUAGCUUGGGCAAAGUGCAACUCACAGCCACGUCCAGUACCAAGCUGAGGAGGGUGCUGGAAUUCGUCGAAGCGGUUCCUGGAGACGAGAAAGCGAUUAUCUUCAGCAACCUCGAUAACGUUCUCUACGAAGUCUCCACGGCGCUCGAGAUUGCUCGAUUCCCGCACUUUAUCUAUGCCUCGGGCACGAACCAAGCGCAGCGGAACGAGGCCGUGACCGCAUUCACAUCGAAGCAGACGUACGCAAGAUUCAUGCUUAUGAAAAUCAAUGUCGGUGGACGAGGCCUUGACCUGUCGUGUGCGAACCACGCCAUCUUUCUGGAGCCCAUCAUCGAUCGGGCUUUGAGGGUGCAGGCGCUCAAGCGGACGUGGCGCACGGGCCAGACGCGGCCCGUCAAGGUCCUGACGCUCGUCAUGCAGGGUACCUUCGAGGAGGAGGUCCUCCGCCUCCGUCUCGAAGACGCCUCAUCUACGUCAUCGUCUGUCGCAGGAGGCGUGGGCAACGUGGCAAAGAUGUCCGACGACCCGUCGAUGCGCGCAGUCGUCUCCAACCCCAAAUUUGUCGAGGCGGAAGACGGGGAGGAAGAAGAGGAGGACAUUCGCGAUGCGGAGCUUAGGCUGCUCGAGGAGGAAGAAGAGUCUCUCGGAGGGAGGAGGAGGCUGAGAGCCGAUGCGAUUCGCGAGGCCCUAGAGAAGAAGGCGGGGAUGGAGCAUGGAGCACCGACGCCGCUGGAGAAAGGGAGGAGACUCAAAAAGCCCAUCUACCUUUUCUCUUCUGCUCCUUCUGCUCCGACGACUUCGAAAUCCACACCCUCGCCACCGUUAAGAAUGAAGCGUAUGCCGCAAGCGAAGAAAGAGUCACUUUCACCCCCGAAUAUGGAAGAUGUGAGGAAGGAAGUGCAUAGCCACAGUAGUUCUGAAAGAGACGAGAGUCUAGACGCCGUUGAGCGACGAAGCUUCGACAUCGAUGCGUCCUUGCUUCCCCCUACGCCGCCAAUUACGCCAGACGACGUUCCUGGCGCUCCUUUACGCCGGCCGGCGGUUCGAUUUGUGCCAAAGAGCGAGGUCAGUGGAGCAGAUGCCGGCAAGCUUGACGAGCGGCCCCUGUUGAGACAUAAGGGAGGCGGGGGAGGUAUCCUUCGCAAUGCGAGCCCUACACCGCUGAAGAGGUUGACGAGAAGCGCCCAUGAGGAGGCCACGACGAUGCACGACGGGCUCACUCCACCAAAGAGGCAGCGUCCCGAGGUUGACGGGGUCAACGACGAGGACGGAGAUAUAGCGAAGAAGAGGAAGAAGGUCACCUUUGUUUGACCGGACUAGUUUGUAAAAGUAGACAUCCACCGGAUCGCUUCAUAAGGAAUCAUUCACAUUAAUUGCU